CCGCAGUUGCUUCCGGGUCAGCGGGCGUGAGGCGGCGCGGGGUUUCCGGAGAUGAGCUCCCAGAAAGGCAACGUGGCUCGUUCCAGGUCGCAGAAGUACCAGAACGUGUUUGCCUUCAAGAACGACAGACAUGAUAAGAGCGUUCAGACCAAGAAAAUUAAUGCAAAGCUUCAUGCGGGAGUGUGUCAGCGGUGUAAAGAAGUUCUUGAAUGGCGCGUGAAAUACAGCAAGUACAAACCACUGUCGAAACCUAGAAAAUGUGUGAAGUGUUUACAAAAGACAGUGAAAGAUUCUUAUCACAUGAUAUGUAGACAAUGCGCCUGUGAGCUCCAAGUUUGUGCAAAAUGUGGAAAGAAAGAAGAUAUUAUUAUUCCGUUUAACAAAGAACUUGAAAAGUCAGAGAACAUCGAUGGCUCCGACUAUAGAGGAGCUUGUAGACCCGAGGAGAGGGAUGGCGAUUCAGAGUUUGAUCUUGACUUGGAUGACACAGAAGAUGAACCCCGCAGUGGAUGAGUGCAAUGUCAUUAAAUGUCAGUGUAACACCACCAGAGUCUGGCCAGCUUUUGACUUUUUCGAUUUCACAGAGGAUGUUUGAAAACACAGUGAGAGUGGGAAAACUUGUAGCAAACUGAAAGUGUUUGUACACGAACGGUAUAAAUUAUGCAUGAUUUGUGAAUAAUUAUUAAAAUUCCAAAGUUUUCUUAUAAUAAAUUUUAAGUUGAAUAGACUGCAAUAUGCCCCACAUUGAGAAGUGGGGUAUCACAUUGCAGUUCAUGGAACUUCCUAGUAUAUAAUUGAACAGUAUUUCAAACUGAUGAUUUAAGAACUACCUCGUGUAAAAAUAAGAUGACACCCUCUGCUUGGCUUCAGGAUUGGGUCUGUGGGAACUACUGCGCUAGGUGGAACUCAGGCAAGUGGUCCAGCAGCAGAGGCACUCCUGCCAGCAUUUGCUUGUUGCAAAGCAGUUGAUGCUUCCAUCAUAAUAUUCAGCAGGGGCUGGCAUCGUGGGGUGUAA